UUCUCAGUCCUUUUUUCCCCCCAUUCCUGCUGCUCUGCACCCUGAGCACCAUCCAGACGCACUGGUGUGUGACAAGAACAGCUAUGCAGACAGUAAAGCAGCACUCAACCACAUCCUGACGGCAUCCUGGGCACCCCAAACGCUCUUUCCACAGCCUCCAGAAGUGGGGUAUUUUCAGAACGGAGACUUGAAGGACUCAGUUUUAGACAGAAUCAAGGGAUGUCACAGGAAGCCUCCAAAUGAGAGAUACUGAAGUGAACGAGAGCUACAAAGGGAUACAGCGAGUGACCGAAGAGUUGGCGAGAAUCAGACAGACUUUGACUGCUCAUCUUGACUCGUUCGACUCAUUCUGAGCGAGGUGGAUUUCUUUGCACAUUCUUGAGGGAACUGCAGGUGGCUUCCUGACUUCACUGAACUUGGUCUAAUUCUACACUGAAACAGAAGUUUAUUAAGGACAAUUAUGGCCAACUCUGGGUUUCAGCUUCUGGGAUAUUUUCUUGCUCUGGGUGGAUGGAUUGGCAUCAUCUCCACUACGGUGCUGCCCCAAUGGAAGCAAUCCUCAUAUGCAGGGGAUGCCAUCAUUAUGGCCGUGGGCUUGUAUGAAGGCCUGUGGAUGUCCUGUGCAUCUCAGAGCACGGGCCAGGUCCAGUGCAAGAUCUUUGACUCCUUGCUCUCGCUGGAUGUCCACAUUCAGACGUGUCGAGCUCUGAUGGUGAUCUCAGUGCUGAUGGGAUUCAUUGCUAUCAUUGUGAGUGUGGUCGGAAUGAAAUGCACAAAGGUGGGUGACAACAACCCAUCCACCAAGAGCAAAAUCGCCAUCUCUGGCGGGAGUCUGUUCCUGCUCUCAGGUGUGUGCACGCUGGUGGCUGUGUCAUGGUACGCCACACAGGUCUCCUACCAUUUCUUCGAUCCGAAUACGCCAAUUAACGCCAGGUAUGAGUUUGGCCCCGCCCUCUUUGUAGGGUGGGCGGCUGCCAUCCUGAUGAUGUUGGGCGGCUCGUUCCUCUGCUGCUCCUGCGUUAACGAGGAAAGAAGAGGACAGCAGUUCUACCGGCAAUCUCAACCCUCUACAGCCAGGGAGUACGUGGAUGAGUUGUUGAGUGAGACUAGUUUCCCUGACUGACCAACCCUCCCUGCCUUUAUUCGAGGACUGUCCGAGCUCCACUCUCUGUAUCUGUGUCCCUCACUCCCACCUAGAACCCAAAUUUGGACGCUUGUCUGUAUGACUGGACAAAUGUCCCUUCUACACCCUACAUACUUAAAAUCUGUGUGCCUUUUUUUCAACAUCUGAUCAAUAAACGUGUUUGAAAAAUCGUCACCCCGUAUCUGUUGUGUGCGUGGCCCCCAAAACCCCUCUUUGUUUGUGACCCCAUAAAACCACCUUUGUAAAUAUGUACUAUUGUAGCAUGUGCCUGAAAACACCCUACAAAGCAUGGACUGUUGCAUUGCAAUACAUCUGAAACGGUGGAUCUGAUAUCCGUUUUCUUUGUAACUCAAACAUGUUUUGUUUUUCUUUUAAAUUGCAGAGCAAAUGUUAAAAGUUCUCCAGCAGAGAAAGGGGAGCAGUACUUGUAGUUUGGGAGAGGGCGACUUCGUGGGUCACAAGCUGUUAGAUUUUGGCAACAGACAAGACACUCUCUUUCGGUAAAAGAAAAAGCAAAGAACUCCAGUAGAAACUUAUUCUAGAUUUCGAUCCCUGUAAUACAGACGAUGCAGAGGUUCAUAAAGUCAAGCAAUGCAUUUCCAAACAACGUGACUUUGUACUGUAGUAUAAAACAAAUGUCAGAAAUUUGAUAAGGAGUGAGCCACAACAGCAUUACCGCAAAGUGUGCGACAAAUAUGUCAUUUUUUUGUUACAGUUGGAGUUAUACUUGCCGAAAAACUAUAUCACUCAUCUGGAGAGCAUUGAUUCAGGGUACAUUAUAAUGCAUUUAAAUAAUUAUGCAAAUCUUCAAUAUGUGCGGUGUAAUAUACUUUGAACUAUAACUGUGUUUUGACUCACAAAUGUCUUUUAGUUUGCUAAUAGUUUCUAUUCUUUCUUGGCGUAUAUGAAAUGGAUCUUUUACCCAUGGUAAAAUCAAUAGUUUUUUUUCCUUCUUCUUCUGUUUUUUUGUUCAUAAAACGUAUGGUGCGUAAACUUUGAGGGGUUUGUCGCAUUUGAUUUUGCUUCAAAAGAGACCCACAUGUGACACAGAUACAAUUAAAUCUCUCUAGUGCACUUAUGAUUUGUCUUGGUGAAUUGUAUUCAACCUGCAUUGAAAGGCACUAUUUAUCACAAAUAAUGUCUUUGAAGUGAUCGCGGAGUCUGUAGGUUGACAUUAGAAAUAUUUUAGUUCAUGUUCCACCAAUUAUGUUACCUAAUAUUCAAGUAUGUAUCAUCUCAUAUGAUGUAUCAAGCUUUCUGUUCAUCUGUUUUAAAAUAAAAUAAACUAUACAAAGA